GCAGGUUAGAAAAGAGCGAGCCAGUCAGAAAGGACGCAUCAAAGACUAUGAACAUUUUUAACAGAACAAAACCUCUACUGCCGGUAACGUUAUCGUAUGAUGAGAUACUAGAAUACGAAUCGGCUUUCAAGGCUGUUGACUUAGAUGGAGAUGGUCAUAUAGAUGUAUCAGAGUUAGGAACCUUAUUGUGUGGAGUAGGACUCAGACCAUCAGAAGAUGAGAUAGCAGACAUGAUUAAAUCUGUGGAUAUUGAUGGCGACCAGGUGUUGAAUAUCUGCGAGUUUAUAAACCUUAUGUCUCGUCAGCACAACCCCUUCGUCACUCCAAAUAGUCAAUUCAAAGCCGUGUUCAGAGUUUUCGAUAGCGACAAUAAUGGUUUUCUAACAAAAGAAGAGUUCAAAGAUCUGAUAUUUAGUUUAGGACAAAAAUGCUCCGAGAGUGAACUAAAGACGCUUAUGGAUUUUCUGGACAAGGACCAAGACGGAACUAUCAGUGAAGCCGAAUUUCUUAAAUUCUUUCUGACGGACAGCCCCAUGUGGCUCGAGAAACUUGCCAGCCUAGACAAAACUAUAAGACGACUUUGAGACAAGUGUAAUUGUAAAACUUAAAAGCAUGAUUUUAGCAUCUUACGUAUCUUUUUGAUAGCCAGUUAAUGUUCAGUGACCACGAUGUUUUUCGUCUUCUUUUGAAGUGAGGAGAUCAUUAUAAUUGAAGUUUGGUCGACAUCGUUUUUAUUGUAAAUAUUCUUAUUCUUUCUGUUUUGAUAGUUUUUUUCGUUAAAAUAUGU